AGCUCUCGAUUCCUGCUACCAUCACAGACAAUACCAUCAGCAGAUUUGAUACGAACUCAUACCUUCCCACACUCAGCGCUGUGCGGCCGAAUCCAUAAAAUGUCGAGCAUACACCUAAACCUGACCGCAGCCGCAGACGACCGAAAAUCCAGACUCGCGCAGCUCAAGAACCUCAAGAGGAAACAACCCUCCGACGAGAUCGUCCCUCCAGAGUCGGCAAGGUCGCCAUCGCCCCCCGCCGAGCCCGACGUCUCCAAGCUACAUCUUUCCGGCCGCAACUAUGACCCGGAGACGCGAGGCCCCAAGCUUGGCUUCGAGGCGCCCCCGAUAGAAGACCUGGACCAGCCCACGCUCGAAGAACAGGCGGCCGUAGUCGAGGCCGAGGUGAAGCAGGCAGCGGCCGAAGAAGAACGGGGCGACAAGGCAGUGGAUCUUUUCAAGUUGCAACCAAAGCAGCCCAACUGGGAUUUGAAACGAGAUUUGGAGAAGAAACUGGAGAUUCUGAACACGCGAACAGACAACGCCAUCGCGCGACUCGUGAGGGAGAGGAUCGCGAACGUGCAGAAAGAGAAGAACAAGACGGGGUCCCUGGAAGGCGGCACAGACGGCCAAGACGCGUCUCUCCUGGAUGGGGCUGCGCUGGUCGAGGGAGUGCGGGUACGAGAGAGGGAAGAAGAAGAAGACGAGCGUCGCGACAGAGAAGACGAAGAAUUAGGCGUUUAAGGGUUUUUGACGUUUCAAGCAGAGCGGAAUCGGAAAUGUAAGCGCAUGGAUACGCUUCCUCGGGGACAAAGAUGUUUUUAGUUCUUCUUACUUCUUUGUUGCUUGGCUGCCGGGACCAACGCCUACGGGAAAACGGUCUCCUCCCAAGGUAGAUGUAAUGAUACCCCGGGUCUAUCUACCCCUACCCAUAUUCAUGG